AUGGCUUACUCUAGAUCAAUGGUGGCUUUGGUUUUCGCAUUGUUGGCUGCAUCGGCUUUAGCUCAGGCUCCAGCCGCCACCCCAAAGGCGUCUCCAAAAGCGGCUCCGGUUGCUUCUCCACCGAAGGCGGCUGCUACACCAACUCCGUCACCAUCCGCGGCCGUCAAUCCACCUACAAGUUCAUCACCUUCUGAAUCUCCAUUGCCUUCUCCACCUGCUCCUCCCACUUCUCCUACCGGUGCACCUGCCGGAUCUAUCGCUAAUCCUCCAUCCAUCGCUGCCGCACCCGGUGGCGGUGCCCCUAACGCAUCACCAAACGGCGCUACUUUGAACAGAGUACCGAUCGCUGGAUCUGCUGCAACAGUGUUGUUCUUUGCUUCUCUUCUGCUGUAG